AUGGCUUCUACAACCCAGGAGAGUCAGGACUGGCCUCCUGGCACGUUGCUCCUUCAGGAACAAUGCUCAAACGACGAGGAGAUGAUUCUCCAGCCGCAGCCCACCGACGAUCCAAAUGAUCCCCUUAACUGGGCUCCCUGGAGGAAGCACCUUAAUUUCGGACUUGUCUGUUUAUACGCCCUUCUCAUCACGGAAUUCAUUUGUGCAGCGACUCCAACAUGGGACCCCAUGCAUGAUCAGCUCGGGUUCAGCUGGGCAAUUUUGAACGACAGCUAUGCUCUUGGUUGCGGGUUUUUGGGAAUUGGCGCGGUUAUCUUGACACCAUUCGGCCUCAAAUUCGGUCGCCGCCCAUUGUAUCUUAUCAGCACAUUGGUGACUUUUGGUGUCAGCAUCUGGAGCGCCAAAAUGCAAAGGCCAGUUGAUUUAUUGUUGGUCAAUGUUUUUUCUUGUCUGUUCGGUGCUCUAUCGGAGGUCAUAAUCCAAAUGACCAUUGCCGAUAUCUUUUAUGUACACCAACGCGGAUUGACCAAUGCCAUCUUCAUAUGGACCGUUCAAGCAGGAUCCUCACUUGGGCCCCUAGCCGCUGGGUAUGUUACUGUCUCCCAGGGGUGGCGAUGGGUCUGGUGGUGGAAUACCAUCUUGUUCGGUGUCUGCAUUGUUAUAUUUGGGCUUUUAUACGAAGAGACAAAAUGGACUAGACCUUCCAAGCGAAUCAAUCAAGAUCCAAAUGGGUCUUCCUCGGAGUUUGGAUCAAGUUACGACAGCUCGAUGAAGGCAGCCAUGGAUACAAAGAGCAGCGGGAAGCAUUCGAUAUCCUCCGAGCUUAACCGCAAGGGGGAACAGGACAAACUUCUAACUCGCCAUACUGUCGUUCUAAACAAAGAUAUCCCUAUGCGCACAUGGAAACAACGAAUGUCAGUUACUGCCUCAUCUCCAGGCCACUGGAAGAUGUUUGCGUGUCAUUCGUGGCAGCCAUUCCUGAUUCUGGGCACAUUCCCGGCUGUGCUUUUCGUGGCCCUAGUCUACGGUGUUUUAAUCGCUUUACAAGAUGCCAUAAGCACAACGAUGUCGAGUCGAAUGACAGAACCGCCGUAUAACUUCACUCCAGACCUAAUCGGUCUCAUGAAUCUUCCUCAAUUCAUUGGUGUGACAAUCGGCUCUCUCAUAAUCGGACCGCUCAGCGAUAAAUUUAUUGUUUAUCUCGCGCAUCGAAAUCAUGGUAUAUUUGAGCCCGAGACUCGGUUGUGGAUGAUGUUCCCUUGCAUUCCGCUGGUAGUUGCUGGAGCACUGAUGUUCGGAUACGGUAUCGACAAAGGUGUUCCAUGGCCAGUUGUGGCCGGCGGAAUAGUAGUUUGCUCCGCUGGGAUUGCACCGAUUAAUAUUGUUACUCUCACGUACAUUACAGACUCAUAUACUGAUGUAAAUAUUCCCCGCGCCCGUGAUCAGACAGAGGGUUCUCGCCCUAGAUCAACUUUCAAGACAAUGCUAACCAGAUAUCAGAUUUUGGGUGACUCUAUGGUCGGCAUCACGUUUGUGCGAAACGCUGUAAGCACCAGCUUUAUCUUCGCCCUCGAUCCGUGGUUUAAUGCCGUGGGGAUUCAAAAUGUUAUACUGUCAAUAACUGCCAUUGCGGUAUUCUUCUUGCUUUUUUCGCUAUUGUUUUUGAAAUAUGGCAAGGCAUUGCGUAUUUUAACAGCAUCAAAAUAUCGGCAAUUAGCUUCAAAGCAGAUGGCACCUUGA